CGCCCGCGAUGGCGGCGGGCGCGGGCCCGUAGCGGCCAUGGGGAACGCCGGGGGCCGCGCCCCGCGCCGGGCACAGCCCCGCGGGAACCCCGGCAGCUUCGAUGAGCUGCACCGCCUCUGCAAAGAGGUGUUCCCGCCGCAGAUGGAAGGGGUGAAGCUGAUCAUCACCAAGACCCUGAGCAGCCACUUCCAGGUGACACACACGGUGCACAUGAGCACCCUGGGCCCCUCCGGCUAUCGCUUCAACGCCACCUGUGGGGACGCCAGCUGGGGCCCCGCCGAGGUGUUCCCCACGCUGCUCGGGGACGUGGACAGCGCCGGCAGCCUCAACGCGCAGGCCCUGCACCUGCUGGGCGAGCGCCUCCGCGCCAAGGCCGCUCCGCAGACGCACCAGGACAAGUUUGUGACGUGGCAGUUCGACGGCGAGAACCGCCGCGGCGACGACUGCACGGCCACGCUCACGCUGGGCAACCCCGACCUGACUGCUGGCGGCUCCGUGAUCGUGGUGGCCCAUUUCCUGCAGAGCGUCACGGCGCGCCUGGUGCUGGGCGGGGAGCUGGUGUACCACCGGCGCCCCGGCGAGGAGGGGGCCAUCCUCACGCUGGCCGGCAAAUACUCGGCCCCGAACUGGGUGAGCACGCUCAACCUGGGCUACGGCGGGGCCCACGCCAGCUACUACCACCGGGCAACGAGCAGGUGGGUGCAGGUGGGCGUGGAGCUGGAGGCCAACACGCGGCUGCAGGAGAACUUUGCCUUUGGCUACCAGCUCAACCUGCCGCGAGCCAACGUGGUCUUCCGAGGGCUCCUGGACAGCAACUGGAGCGUGGGGGGGGUCCUGGAGAAGAAGUUGCCCCUGCCCGUCACGCUGGCCCUGGGGGCUUUCCUCAACCACUGGAGGAACCGCUUCCACUGCGGCUUCAGCGUCACCGUGGGCUGAGGGACGGCGGGGGACAGCGAGGGACGGCGGGGGACAACGGGGACAGCCGGGCACCGUCCUGCUCAGGGAGCCAUCGGGCCGUGCAGGUGCCACAGGGACCCGUGGGGACAGCGGGGACGCGGCGGGCUGGGGAACAGCGAGUGGCAGCGCCGCGGGUUGUCCCCGGUGCCACCCAUCCGGUUGUUGGUGGGCGCGAGUGUCCCCGGGUGCCACCCUCCGGCGUUGGUGGGCCUGGGUGUCCCCGGUGCCACCCCUCUGGCGUUGGUGGGCCCGGGUGUCCCCAGUGCCGCCCCUCCGGUGUUGGUGGGCGCGAGUGUCCCCGGUGCCACCCCUCCGGCGUUGGUGGGCCCUGGGUGUCCCCGUUGUCCCCGGUGCACCCCUCCGGCGUUGGUGGGCCCGGGUGUCCCCGGUGCCCCCCCUCCGGCGUCGGUGGGAGCGGGUGUCCCGGUUGCCACCCCUCCGGUGUUGGUGGGCGGGGGUGUCCCCAUUGUC